CUCUUACAGCAGAAACCGUCCUCUUCAUUAAACGUUAACAAUACAAAAAAAAAGUUUGAAAAUGUCGAAAGUUUCAGUUGCUAACGUUCGUACCAACAUUGAUGGUAUUUUGAAGGGCUCCGAACAGAAGAAGCGUCAUUUCACCGAAACCGUUGAACUUCAAAUCGGUUUGAAGAACUAUGAUCCUCAACGUGACAAGCGUUUUUCCGGAACCAUCAAGUUACCUAAUGUUCCCCGUCCUAACAUGGCUCUCUGCAUUCUUGGUGACGCCCAUGAUUUGGACCGUGCCAAGCAUGGCGGUGUCGAUGCCAUGUCUGUCGACGAUUUGAAGAAGCUGAACAAGAACAAGAAGCUCGUCAAGAAAUUGGCCAAGAAGUAUGACGCUUUUGUUGCUUCUGAAGUCCUCAUCAAGCAAAUUCCUCGUUUGUUAGGUCCUGGUUUGUCUAAAGCCGGUAAAUUCCCUACUCCAGUAUCUCACAAUGAUGAUUUGUAUGGAAAGAUUGUCGAAGUCAAGUCUACCAUCAAGUUUCAAUUGAAGAAGGUCCUUUGUUUGGGUGUUGCCGUUGGACACGUCGAAAUGACUGAAGACCAAUUGAUUGCUAAUGUGAUGCUUUCGAUUAACUUCUUGGUUUCUUUGCUUAAGAAGGGCUGGCAAAACAUUGGAUCUUUGGUCAUUAAGUCUACUAUGGGUAAACCCUAUCGUUUAUAUUAAACAACAAUCUUUUUUGGAAUUGGUUUGGAGCUUACUGCUGACACCCGUAAAAAUCUUCAUCGUUGUUGAAGACUUUACAUAAUGUAUUUAUAGAAAACCUGCUAGUUUGCUUGUUUUUUCCUGUACUACUACUAGAGUAAUAAUCUAUUUCCUUAGUGUAAUGCGAAUCCAACGAUGAACGUUCUUGUUUGCCAAAGACAUAUAGUCAA